GGUGAGGCUGGUAGUCAUCUGGGCAUGCUCGAGGGAGAGAGGCCUGGAACACCAUGAGGCCCAAUAUUCGGACCCGAGAGCUGGAGCAGCUGGUGCGGCCUUGGCGAUUUGUGUCUUCCAGUGCUCAGCAGACCGGGAACCGGGGACCACAAGUACCUUCUUGGCUUGGAGGAUCGGCGGACCCUUGUCGGUCUUGGCGGGAUAGAAGGAUAGGAUGUGCAAACCUUCAGACUUGAUUUCUAUUAAGCUUUUUCAUUUAAUUUGUAAAGCUGUGUACCGGCUAUGUAGGUUUUCAAGGCGGUAUUUGGAUAAAGUUGUUUACAGUACUGCGCUUUCUGACGAAUUUAGGUUCAUCGGUCUGAUUUUCACGUAUUGCUCAGAGAUGUACAGCAAUCAAGUAUCACUUUGCCACACCAAUACGACGCUUAUGGAACAUCCCUAUCAAUUUAACCAAGAUUAUCCAGCAGGAUGAAUGGCACUUGUUACACCUAAGAAGAAUUACAGCAGGUUUCCUUGGGAUGGCAGCAGCUGUUCUUCUCUGUGGGUGCAUUGUAAUUGCAGUUGGCUUCUUUUGGGAGAAAAGCCUCACACAGCAUGUUGCUGGUCUUCUUUUCCUCAUGUCAGGCAUCUUUUGCACUAUUUCCCUCUGUACUUAUGCAACAAGUAUAUCCUUUGACCUAAACCGCCUUCCCAAAAUUAUCUAUGGUCUGCCUGAUGAUGUUGAACAUGGAUACAGCUGGUCUAUAUUCUGUGCAUGGUGCAGUUUAGGAUUUAUAGUUGCAGCAGGAUGCCUUUGUACCACUCACCCAUUUAUUAGCAGGACAAAGAUUAGCCAUCUAAAAUCUAUCAUAGAUUCUUCUGUAUGACUUUUUUAUGAGAUACCUUUUUUUGUUUAUAAGGCAACAGGAAGAUAUAUAAGGGAGCUUAACACAGAAUCCAAGCACAGACAAAACCCAAAUCCUUUAAAUACUGAACACUGACUUAGCAGCCAGGAAACACAAAAGAUAUUUAUGCUUCCAUGGUGGCUGAUAUAUCAAGUUCAGACAGCAAAACUGUUGUAGAACUGAUGGUAAUUUAGCACAAUGUAUAUGCACAAAUGAAAUGAAACUAUUUCUACUUGAACAAGAAAACUGUGUUCAUGUUUCAAUUGCCAUUUGCUGUCCAGAGUCAUGAGGUUCAUCUGAGUGGCUAUAUAAAUGGCUUUAAAAAGAAAACUUGGUACGUAAGGUUAAAACAGCAAAAACACUACUGCCAUAUUAUCUAGUUGGUAAGAAUUUUUCCUUAUUUUAAUUAUAUUUUAUAUUAUUUUUGACUUGUUAGGUGAUACUUAGUCUUUAUUAAUUAUUAUAAUUAUUUUAGUAGUUACCAAAAUGAUGUAUGGGAGAGGUUUGAAAGAUUUCCUGUGCAAGAAAUGAAUGAAUCAUUUGUUUUUAGAAGAAACAGAAAUAGGAGUUAGAGUAGAAUGACUUCCCACUUUAUGUAGGAAAAGUUAUACAACCCAACGCCAUAUAUAAAAAAGAUAAAAUGUAUAAAAUGGAUUACAGCAUUGGCAUUAUUGGAAACAAUGCAUAUUAUGUGUUUCAGGGGGUUUUUUUGUCUAAAAAGAAUGGCAUAUUAUCUGUUAAUAAAAUUCCUGAACAAGUGA